GCCGGUCUCACCCAUCCUUCCUCCAAAAUCUGUCGCGCUCCUCUUCCUGCUCAGCUCCUAGUCAAAGCUCUAUUGAAGUGCUGGAUCAAGUGGACUUUUCCAGGCAGGGUGUGAAAUCAAACAAACGGCAAGAUGUCGGAGAAAAAGAUGUCUUCGAGUCGGCGGCAUUACCUGAAGAGCUUGAUGCUCUCCAUCGCUAAAGGCUUACUGGAAGACGAGGCAAAGGAGAAUGAGCAGGAGAGAAUAAGAUGGAUGGCGGAGAACUGCCCUCCCCUGUCCCUGCCAGGGGGUACUCAACAGUUACAGGAGUUCUUGAAAGAGCUGCAUCAUAAGAUUGACGUGAUAGAUGAGGAGAGAUAUGACCUGGAGAGCAAAGUGAACAAAGCCACUAAGGAGAUUGAAGAUUUGAACAUUAAAGUUAUUGACUUGAAGGGCAAGUUCAAGAAGCCAACUUUGAGGAAAGUGCGUAUGUCUGCUGAUGCUAUGCUCCAGGCUCUGCUGGGCUCCAAGCACAAGGUGUCUAUGGAUCUGAGAUCCAACCUGAAACAAGUAAAGAAGGAGGUCAAAGAGGAGGAUAAGGAACUGCGUAAUGUUGGAGACUGGCGUCAGAACAUUGAAGACAAGUCCGGAAUGGACGGGAGGAAGAAGAUGUUUGAGUCCGAGGGUUAAUUUAGUCUAUCAUUUCCCUGUAUAGAUCCCGCAAAGCAACACAAAACUCUCACUUGUUUGAACAUUUCUCUUAUUGAGCACUAUGGUAUCAUUUGAACCAGUGUAUGUGUCUGUAAAACGAAAGGACAAUUAAAUGUUUCGAGUGGAACAGAAACGUGCGUUAAUAAAUGCUUUUCAGAUUGCCACAA